AUGGCUACUUCAGUUGUCCCAGAAGAUAGGAUCAUGGAAGAGAGAUCUAAUAACCGCGUCCCUACUUCCCCACGCCGCCGUUCCUCUAAUACUGGAAAACAACCGGACCGUGAAUUUCGAGGCAGAGACAUGGUUGUAGUCAAGGAAAGAUCCGAGGGAGAGAAACAAGCAGCUGCGAAGGCUGAAUAUGAGAAACUUCUCACGAUGCGAUCUGGUGGUACCUAUAUCCCUCCCGCACGCUUGCGAGCACUGCAAUCUCAGAUUACAGACAAAACGAGCAAAGAAUAUCAAAGAAUGGCAUGGGAAGCACUGAAGAAGUCAAUAAAUGGUUUAAUCAACAAGGUCAAUGUAUCAAACAUCAAGUACAUUGUACCAGAGUUAUUUGGAGAAAAUUUGAUUAGAGGUCGAGGGUUAUUCUGCAGGAGCAUUAUGAAGGCUCAGGCUGCCAGUUUACCAUUCACACCGAUAUAUGCCGCAAUGGCCGCAAUUGUCAAUACAAAACUUCCGCAAGUUGGAGAGCUUCUCCUAAAGCGUCUCAUAGUGCAGUUUAAGAAAGGGUUCAAAAGAAACGACAAGGCUGUGUGCCUUUCUGCCACCACAUUCAUCGCCCAUCUUUGUAACCAACAAGUAGCAAAUGAGGUAGUUGCGGCCCAGAUCCUGUUACUACUUCUUAAUAAGCCGACGGACGACAGUGUUGAAAUUGCGGUUGGGUUAACGCGGGAGGUCGGCCAACAUCUGGAAGAGAUGAGUGGACCUAUCGCUCUAGCGGUGUUCGAUCAGUUCAGGAAUAUUUUGAAUGAGGCAGAUAUCGAUAAACGGGUACAAUAUAUGAUUGAAGUCCUCUUUCAAGUUCGAAAAGACAAAUACAAAGAUAAUCCUGCGAUCAAAGAAGAGCUGGAUCUUGUGGAGGAGGAAGAUCAAAUUACACACCGCAUAGUCUUGGACGAUGAGAUUGAUGUCCAGGAUGGACUCAACAUUUUUAAAUUUGAUCCUGAAUGGGAACAAAACGAAGAAUUAUACAAGCAGCUCAAAGCCGAAAUUCUUGGGGAGGGAAGUGAUGACGAGGGCGACGAGGAUGAGGAAGAUGAUAGCGAGGAUGACGAGGAAAAAAGGGAAGAAAAGGCGUUAGAGAUCAAGGACCAGAGUAAUACAGAUCUCGUCAAUCUACGAAGGACUAUAUACUUAACUAUCAUGUCGAGUAUUGACCCUGAAGAAUGUUGCCACAAGCUGAUGAAAGUCACACUACCGUCUGGCCAGGAGCCUGAACUUCCUUCCAUGGUCAUUGAAUGUUGCUCCCAAGAGAGAACGUAUUCAAAGUUUUAUGGCCUUAUUGGGGAGCGUUUUGCAAAGAUAAAUCGCCUCUGGACAGACCUUUUCGAGCAAUCAUUUGCCAAGUAUUAUGAUACCAUCCAUCGUUACGAAACAAACAGGUUACGAAAUAUUGCGAGAUUUUUCGGACACCUUCUUAGCUCAGACGCUCUUGGCUGGCAUGUUUUGUCCAUCGUACAUCUCAACGAAGAAGAGACAACAUCGAGCAGUCGUAUCUUUAUUAAGAUUCUUUUCCAGGAUCUGUCGGAAGCAAUGGGAAUGGCGAAAUUGCAAGCUCGCUUGAAGGAUGAUAUUCUGCGACCUUAUUUUGAAGGGUUAUUUCCCCAUGAUAACCCUCGCAACACAAGGUUCUCCAUCAACUACUUGACAAGUAUUGAAGAGGGCGGAGUUUAA